GAAAAAUCAGACCAGCCAAAAUAAGGCCGGACCCACCAUCUGUAGAAUAUAUUUCCCAUGCUUAUCUUAUCGGAGUGGAUUGGCGCACCUUUCUUCUUUCUGUAGACAGUCUGUAAAUCUUUUUCUUGCUGGGGGAGGGGUCAGGGAGGAGAGACCAAGAAGCAGAACAGAGAAGGAGAAGAAGCUUGUGUUCUCAGGCCAUAUGGAGAUCCAGCAGCACCGGGGGGUUGGCAAUUCGAAGGUCGUGAAGGUUCAGAGCGAGGAGGCAUGGGAGCUAUUCACCAAUCAAGCAAGCAACGAAGGGCGCCCUGUUGUUGCCCAUUUCGGGGCAUCAUGGUGUGUGACAUCCCUGUCCAUGAACUACAAGUUUGAGGAGCUAGCUCAGACCCACCCUGAGAUCUUGUUUCUCUAUGUUGAUGUUGACGAUAUCCAGAGUGUUUCAUCCAAGUACGGAGUGAAGGCCAUGCCGACAUUUUUCCUCAUCAAGAACAAGGAGGUGGUGAGGAAGAUCGUUGGGGCGAAUCCAGAUGAGUUGAAGAAGCUGGUGGAUGCUUCUACUGAUUCCUUCGAAACUCAGAUAGUCGUCGAAUAGCCGUUCGUCGCCAUCAUGUCCUCUGAAACUGCUCUGUGAGUGACCGUGAGCACUGCCUGGUCAGGUCUUCUGAAUCGCGUCUGGAUGUUCCAAACUGUACAUUGUCGUGCUUGUGACUCUGAUGGGCGUCGCUUUAGUCUUGCCUGUUGGUCCUGCAACUGUGACAGCAGUAGUGUGUGUGACUCUGAUUUUUUUUUAAAAGAAUGUGACUCUGAAUGUUGCAUGCGUUUGGGGUUGAAAAAUAAAAAAUAAAGAUCGCUUGAAGCACA